AUGGCCUCGGCGCCAGCCAGCGUCAGGGUCUCCGGGCCCCCAAAUAGCAGCUUUCUCAUCGGCUACCCUGGCAUCUCAGCCACCUUGCCCCGAAUAGAAGGCAAAGUCGAGAUUCGACCGGGGCAGGGCUAUUCUAUGCCCGUACCCGUAUCGUUAGUCCGAAUAUGCUUACAACGACGGGAAACAAUCCACCCCGAUGCCGAUAGUUUGACGAAACGCCAUCUCGGCACCCCGCGAAAAGAGACGACGGAUGUUGUUGGCAAGGAAGUCCUGCUAUUCCGUUGCGCAACUGGAAAGGAGGCCGAAAGCGUCAUCGCCAUGGACUUACCGUUUGUGCUGUUUAUUCCUUUUGGACGUGGCGGAGAAGAAACAAACCGGAGAAUCCCCCCCGCGUCUCUGCAGCUCCCAAGCAGGACGGCCGAGACAUAUUACGAGCUUGUUGUCACCGUACAGCAAGGCCAUAGCAACCAAUACAAAUACAACUUUCCGGUACCGUUACAGCGAUUCGACACCCUUUCUACAUUUGGCAUGUACAAUAAGCCAGAAACAAAGCUCGUCACAUCAGAUAAUGUGGUUCAUCUGGGCAUCAACCUACCGCGAUGGAGUUACGGCCCCGGCGACCCCAUCACCGUGUACAUCAAGCUGUCGCCCAACCCGGACUGGUUGACCAAAGCAAAAAGGGUUAGCAUAGAAAAGAUUACCCUUGCAAUCGAGGAGGAAGUUACAUAUAACCACGAAGGAGAUGAGCCAGUAAAGAAGGUCAACAAAUUGUCCAAGCAGCCGCAAACGGUCAAGAUGAAGGUCCCCGAGGCCGGAUACGCCACCAAUAUCGGACUCGUGUUCCCGCGCAAAGACUUGAGAGAUCCCGAUGGUAUUGUGAGGAGAGGCAAGCCAGCAUUCCCCUUGUACGAGGUUUCAUCCUUUACCACUACGGCAUCACUCUACAAGAUUGAGUUUUAUUUGAGCAUCAAGGUCCAGUUGAGUGGUGCUCGCGACGUCAACCUCAGACAACCCAUCGUUAUAUGCCCGCUUGACCAGCAAGCCUGCCAGGAAGGACUGGACGCAAUAGAACAAGCAGCAAAGGACGCGGCUCAUGUCGAUCCCAAUAACCCGAUGUUGCCUGCUCGAACUAUUAUUUUGGCUAAUGACCGGGACUCAUUGCGGGCUCUGGGUUUGUGUCUUGUUGGAGGACAGAAGAAGCCGUUUAUCGAUUAA